CCAGGUGCUGGCAGUUCCAGGGGAGCAUGGCUAACACCUGCCAGGCAUGGGCGCUUCGCACUCAAGAGCGCUUGCGGAAGAUAAGACCAGGGGCAAAAUUACUCUUCCAAAGAAUAACCCCCUCAGGAUUUCUGGUAACAUGGCCUUUGACCCUAUCAUGGCCUCUAAUGUAAAAGUCAUCUUCCUGUUUCUUUGGUCGCUUCAGUAUGGAGAGGGACAAGUCAAUGUACAGCAGAGACCUCCAAUCCAGGUUGCACUACUCAAGGAAGAAGUAUCUAUCCCCUGCAAGGUCACCUUCCCAUACAUGAUGAAAUACACCAAAUUUUCAAUCUUCUAUUACUGGAUUAACCCAGUGGGCAAGAAAACAUUCAUCAGUAGUAAGUCAAUGGAGAUACACAUCCCUCCCGGAGAAGAGAAUCGGACCACUACCCAAUCUUACAAUCUCAAACUGAAGCCACUUGAAAGCACCUCUUUUACUGGCACGUAUUACUGUGAGGUCAAAUGGAAUGACAUCGUGAAAAUGGGAAGAGGAGUAUUUGUCCUUGCUAGAGAUACAGGGUACAUACAGACCUCUUACAGGUGGGAAAUCCUCAUUACUCUUACCACUCUCCUUGCUGCAUUGAGCAUCACUGGAACAGCUCUGCUACUGUGGAAAAGAAAGGUGGUGUGUCCUGGAAGGAACCAGCUCCUAAAUACCCUGAGACACAAGGUGGAAACUCAGCCCCCUUCGGCCAGCCCAGCACCGGCUACUCCCACCUAUGAUUGUCUGGAUUCGCAGCAAGUUGAUGUCUAUUCUGUCCUUGGGAGCAACACAGACAAGCCAUCAUGCAGAAGGAGUCCUCCAGGGAAGACACCUAAGAAGCAAGAAACUCUAGAAGAAUCCUUUGAUACAUUGUAUGAGAAUAUCUAACAGGGAAAAACUGACCCUGUGUGGACCAGACAUCUUUCUGUAAGACAGAACUACUCUCUUACAUCCUCAGUUCUCUGCAAAGACCCACAGCGACUUCAGGGCACAGCCCCGGGGGACUUCUGAAUCCUUGGCUCCCUCCAAACUGCCCUUCAUUAACAACAGAAUACAGCUGUUCAGAUCCCACUGGGGCUCCGUCUCCGUUGAUGCGGCACAGCUAUUUUGCAGCAAAGCCAUUUGAUGCAAAAGAAAAGCUAUUUUUGUCAAGCAUUCACACGCUGUGUCUUAGAAAUGGUGCAGAUGGGAUUUGUGCAGGUUUCUCUCACCUGGCCUGGUUGAAAUACUUGAAACCUGAUCAUCUGUAAGUGAUAGCACAAUCCAGAGACCUCCCUGCUUCCUGGCCUGAUCUUCCAAUCCUGACCUGCAGCAGUCCAUCUGAUCCUGUGCCAAAGGGCUUUUCCUGACGUGGCCAUCAGGCCUUCACACAUAGUUUAACCGAGAUCCAAGCAUCCACCUGCCUAUUUUUCCUUUCCCGGGAACCCCAUGGCGAAACAUGCUUUCUCAUAAUCUGCUAAUCCCAUCAAGUAGUCACAGAUGCCUGCUGUGACCAUACCCAGCCGACUCAAAUCAGUGCCUCCAAGUAAAUGCUUUCCUUUCAGCGAUAUCAGCAGUAUAUGGUGAGGAAUGGAUGUAUGAACAGAGAUAAAAAUGGAGAAAAAGAAGGCAGAGAAAAUAUCCCUGCCUGGGGACAUGUCUCUGUGGCAGUGCCCUUUCCAGAACAAAGUCCUUGGAGGGAGUCCCUGAGGAAACUCCCUCCCUGGGGUUGCGUAAACCAGGCGGCUCUGGGGCCAGGUUCCAGCCUAGAGAAGCUCAAACUGAGCUCCCCAACUUCCUGACCUUGGCAAUGGGUGCUGCUACCUCUAGGGAUUUUGCUGGCUCAGUGGGAGCAGACGUGGUACCUCUGCCCCAGCAGAAUCAAUGGGUUUGUCUUUGGCUUCAUCUGGCCAGUGUUUCCCAAGAAGGGUAUAUAGCCCCCUUUUUCUCCCACUUGCAUCAUUUGGCUGGAUAGGUCUGUUUUGAAACUCACAAUGACUGGUGUGAGGGUGGAGGCCCUAGAUGGGAGUUUUCUGUCCCAGCUCUUCUCUCCCCUGUUAGCUGGCACUUGCCUACCAUUUGUGCUGAUGCAUAUUUUAGUUCUGAUAGGGAGGAGGUUACGUUAAAUAUCCGUAUAACGUGAUCAAACUAGCGGAUCAAAAAGCUGAGGCUGUUUUAUCUCAGUUUAAAAACAACAAAAUAACAACCAAACAAAACCAACUCCAAAUAAGAAUAUGUGGCAUAACCUGAGAAGGAUCACAGAAACCUCUUUAAAGAAGAAGAUCAAAUUAAAACUGAGCUGCAGGGUCGUAGGACCCUCUCUAGUUGAAGAUAAUGUUGCUAUGCAUCAGAGAUAGAGACUAUGGAAAAUGUCUCCGGGGCCUCCAACCUUCCUAUACUAUGUUUAAAGAGAUAAUCCGCUUAUUGCUUUGCUCUUUUUAUUAGAAGAGAUUUCAAACAUGGAAUUUGGACUUUCUUUAACCACAAGAAAAUGCUUUCUCUCUUCCCAAUGUUGAGGAAUGCAUUGCAGAAAGAGCAAUGAAUAGACAGCAUGGCUUAUUAGACCCAUUUUCUAGUUCUUAAAUGAUCGUGAAAAUUAUAAAUAAAUAUUUUUGAAUUUAGUGUUUACUAGUAUGACCAGAGGAGCAUAAAUUAGGAGAAAACAUUUGUAUUCACAGAAGGAUUCAUGGAGGCUGGCAUAGGUAUAACGAUUACUUUCCUUAAUGAAUUUGAAAAAUAGUGGAGGUGAAUUAUGAAUAUAUUGCAGUAUGGCAAUUAAUUAUUCAGAAGAAGCUGAUGGAUUAGAUGAAGAAUUAAAACUUUCAAAAUAAUA